AUGAGUAACCGGUCUGCGAUUUCUUCGUCUUCUUCUUCGUCUUCCUCAGAGGGUACAGGGGAGAGAAUAGCGGAGACUACACGGGAACCAAUCCUCCCAAAGUCUACGGGACAGGUCAAGUGGAAGGGAAACGUCAAAGAGCCAAAUGAGAGAAAUGAGGAUUCUAACCAGAGAAACCGUAAAAAUUCCAUAGAUGCACGCUCAGGUUUAGACCGAAGACCUGGUGAAUCGGGAGGGUCUGCAAGGAGCACGCUGUCCCCGUUGACUCCGUUGAAAAAGUCAACUUAUGAGGAUGAGCAGCGUCCUGUACGCAGGGCGCGGCCUGUAGGGCUCGCAUUUUCUUCGCCAAACCUCAAGGCUUUGAAUGCUAGCCCGAAUUACGAGCAGUCGCGGUUGGUAGAUUAUUACCAUCAGGCUUCCACGGAUAGAGGUAGUAACUAUGUGGACCCGCUAUACCGGCAUCUCAACCCUUCCGUGAAUGGCAACAGAGGCAAGCCGGUCUGGAGUUUGAACCAGCCUUUGCCGCAUGUCCUAGAUCAAUCCUUAGCCAAGAGAGUUAUGCAAAAGAACGCCGAUGCGAAAUCUCGAGCUUCGUCCAAGCCGAGUUCAACGGAUGUGUCGCGUUCAGGCUCAACUACCUCAAUAAAUGACUGGCGAAAGGCUUUUAGACGCGUCACUUCCAGUAAGAAGUUGGAUGAUAUCGAAGCACAGCUGCCGAAUGCUGAUGCAAGCAAUAUCUCAUACAAGACCAAGCUUAAAGAUGAAAAACAGUCCAAUUCACACAUAGAGCUUGGGAAAAGUGGUCAAAAUCGAGGUCACCAUAAUGCCAAUUUUACAUUGGGUAGUGAAAGCUAUCCUUCUUCUAUUGUGGAAGAAAAGCCGCCAAAUCCUCAGCCUGAUUUGAAUAUGCCCGUGCCUGUAAAUCCGUCGAAUGGCCAACAGGCUGAGAAAGCAAUCAAUGGCGAUAUCGACGAUGGUGGUGUCGACGAUGAUGACUCUGAUCCCCUUACAUUUACCAAUUACUGGGCUAAAAUAAGAUAUCGCAUGCGGGAACCAUUUGCGGAGUUUCUGGGGACGCUGAUUCUUGUUAUCUUUGGUGUGGGCGGUAAUCUUCAAGCCACGGUGACCAAAGGUAGUGGCGGUUCCUACGAGUCUCUCUCUUUUGCAUGGGGGUUUGGUUGUAUGCUUGGUGUGUACGUCGCUGGCGGUAUAAGUGGAGGGCACGUAAAUCCAGCCGUUACCAUUUCUAUGGCUAUUUUUCGCAAAUUUCCCUGGAAGAAAGUUCCUGUGUACAUUGUUGCCCAGAUAAUCGGGGCAUUCUUUGGAGGUGCCAUGGCCUAUGGAUAUUUUUGGAGCUCUAUCACAGAAUUUGAGGGAGGCCCCCAUAUAAGGACCGUGGCAACGGGCGCAUGUCUAUUCACCAAUCCAAAACCAUAUGUUACCUGGCGAAACGCCUUUUUUGAUGAGUUCAUAGGGACAUCAAUUUUGGUCGGGUGUUUGAUGGCAUUGCUCGACGAUAGUAAUGCGCCACCUACUAAUGGUAUGACAGCAUUAAUUGUUGGUUUCCUGGUGGCAGCUAUCGGUAUGGCUCUUGGAUAUCAAACAAGUUUUACUAUCAAUCCGGCGAGAGAUUUAGGGCCUCGUAUUUUCGCCUCUAUGAUUGGUUAUGGACCGCAAGCGUUUCAUUUCACUCACUGGUGGUGGGCAUGGGGUACCUGGGGUGGUCCAAUUGCUGGAGGAAUAACAGGAGCAUUGGUAUAUGAUGUUUUUAUAUUCACAGGAUGUGAAUCUCCUAUCAACUAUCCAGACAACGGUUACAUCGAACACAGAGUCAAGAAGAUUAUGCAGUCUGAAUUCUACCAUCAUGAAAGUAGGAGCUCUCCUAGUACCGAAGCAGAGGGAAGCAGUAACAGUAACAGUAAGGAAAUUAGCACAGAAAUCAACUCUACAUAG